AUGUCGGUCGCUCUACGUUGCGCGGGGUCCCGGGCCGCCGGCCUGAAGUCUGUCGCCAGGCCAACGAGUCCUGCAGGCCACACAGCCCCUGCCUUCAGGGCACCUGUCAUCACCUCCCAACCCACCGCCCGGGGCCUGGCCCGGCACUGGCGCUGCCACUCCAGCAAGCCGGCCGACACCGUCUACUCGGGCCCCGUGGCGCCCUCCCCCAGCCGCGUCACGCUGCGCACGCUGCGGCGCAUGCACGCCCGGGGCGAUCCCUUCACCAUGGUCACCGCCUACGACUACCCCUCAGCCGUGCACGUGGAGCUGUCCGGCAUCGAGAUGCUGCUGGUGGGCGACUCGGCGGCCAUGGUGGUGCACGGGCACGACACCACGCUGCCCAUCACGCUGGAGGAGAUGCUGACGCACUGCCGCGCGGUGUCGCGCGGCGCGCGCCGCCCCUUCAUCGUCGCCGACCUCCCCUUCGGCUCCUUCGAGGAGGGGCCGACGGCGGCUGUGCGCGCCGCGGUGCGCAUGCUCAAGGAGGGCGGCGCGGACGCCGUCAAGAUCGAGGGCGGCGCGCCCGCCAGGGUGGAGACCAUCCGCGCCGUGGUGGGCGCCGGCAUCGCGGUGAUCGGGCAUGUGGGCCUGACCCCGCAGUCGGUCUCGCUGCUGGGCGGGUUUCGGCCCGCGGGCCUCCACGCCGACGACGCCGCGCGCGUCGUCGCCGAGGCCAAGGCUUUGGAAGAGGCGGGGUGUGUGAUGGUGGUGGUGGAGUGCGUGCCGGAGCUGGUGGGCGCGGCCAUCACGCAGCAGCUCUCCAUCCCCACCAUCGGCAUCGGGGCGGGGGUGCACACCAGCGGGCAGGUGUUGGUCUACCACGACCUGUUGGGCAUGAUGCAGCACCCGCACCACGCCAAGGUCACCCCCAAGUUCUGCAAGCAGUAUGCGGCGGUGGGGGAGGUGAUCCAGGGCGCACUGUCGGCCUUCCAGGCGGAGCUCAUCGCCAGGCAUGGGCUGGCCACGGCGCAGAACGGGGCGUGA